GAGAGCCACUCAGUCACUCAGCGCGAGACCGAGGGAGUGAGAGAGAGAGAGAGAGAGAGAGAACGGGGUUUUGUAUAACCGCUGUGAAAAAUGUUGUCGCUUUCACUGUGGGGCUGCUAAGAGUGAGAGGUAGCCCAAGAAACUGGUCAUAUAUGUGACCGGAAGGAAAGCCGAGGACAGGGUCAACUUGGAGAGUGAUGCGGUCGGUUUGAGCUCGAGCUCGAGCCUAAGAGAGCGCGCGCGCGAGGAGCGAGGCAACUUUCACAUGACAUGUUAAGCAAAGCCGGGAAGGUUCUGUCCUCGAGCCGCUUUCUUGCACUGUUCUAAACGGAUACGUGUUUUCUUUCUUUCUGUUUCUCCCCACACAGAGACAUGAGCGUGUUCAGCGUGGCUUUGAUUUAACCUGAACAUGUGGAGGAGGAGGAGGAGGCUAAUUAACUAAAGUGUCUUUUUUUUUUCGCAACUUGGACGGAUGCGUGCUUUCAUCGCGUGCAAUCGACAGUGAGGAAACUUUUAUUAUUAUUUUCUUUUUCUUCUUGCAAGUUGGGAAUGGAUCUGAAAGGCAGUGGACUAUACAGUCGGCUCGCACUGCGUGAAAUACGACUCCAUACCCGAUAUCUUUAAUACCGCUUUAUUAUAAGCAUUAUUCUAGUACGUGUGUGUGUGUGUGUGUGUGUGUGUGUGUUUUUUCUCCUCACGUGAACGGAUUAUGUUGGACAUGCAGCACGCUGUAGGUGUGAGCUCGCGCGACGUCAGUGAGCUGAAGUUGACGCUGUGAGUUUUGAAUGGAAACUGAUGAGCUCUGAAACACUGUAUUAAGCCUGGUGUAAUUCAGCGUCGCUUCACUUCACCCCUCUCUCUCUCCCAAGACUCGAUUUGAAGAUUGAUUGAAGAAUGUAAUUGACUGCUGUUAUUGAAAUUUAUUCCUGCAUAUAAGCUAAGCAGCUAAGCACACAGCAUCUGAUCCUAGAUAAACCCUCUUCUGAAAAGAGAGAGAGAGAGAGAGAGCACGAGCACACAGAGGCAGAUCUGUGAUUGUUUUCUGAUUCGUUUGGAUUGCGAUUGAGAAUGAUGGACAAACACUGUGUGGUGUAUCAGAUGGAGUUGACGCUUUUGAUGAUCGCCGUGCUCUUUUGGGUCACAGUUUGGGCAGACGACAGCAAGAUCAUUUCAGACAGAUAUGCUGUGUACUGGAACAGCACCAAUCCCAGAUUCGUACAUGGUGAGUACACGGUGGAGGUGGCCAUCAACGACUACCUGGACAUCUACUGUCCACACUACGAGACGCCACUCCCGCCCGAGCGCAUGGAGCGCUACAUCCUCUACAUGGUUAGCUACGACAGCUACAUCACCUGCAACCACCUCAUCAGAGGCUUCAAACGCUGGGAGUGCAAUCGGCCACUGAGCCCCAGUGGGCCGCUCAAGUUCUCCGAGAAGUUUCAGCUCUUUACACCCUUUUCCCUGGGCUUCGAGUUCCGCCCGGGACACGAGUACUACUACAUCUCGUCCCCACAUCCAAACCUUGCUGGAAAGCCUUGCUUGAAGCUCAGAGUGUACGUCAAGCCUACAAAUGACUCAGUGUACGAGUCGCCGGAGCCGUUUCUGACAGAUGACAGCAACAGCGGUCACUUCCUGUCCCCGUGUCUCUUUCUCUUGUUGCUUGCGCCCCUCGUGCUCUUCGGCUCAUCCUAGCACCGUGGCUCUUCACAGCGGAGCACAUACACACACAAAUACACAUAUAUAUAUAUAUACACAUACACACACACACACACACAUAUAUAUAUAAACACACACACGUACAGAUCCACCUCCCAAUCCAGCAUGCAGCUUAGCACUGCUGCUUCUCCCUGAACGAAAAAAAAAAAAAGAGAAAAAAAAUCCCAUAACCCGCCCACUAAAUAUCCCCUUGUUGUUCAUUCAGUUCUGCAUCUUCAUCUGAUGAUAAAAGACUGCCAUUGAGAAAAGACUCAUUUAAGGGGGGAAAAAAAAAUUAUAUAUGAAAUAAUAUGAGAAAAGACUAAUGGAAAGGGAAAAAAGGGGGGGGGUGUUGCUUCUUCUGUCAUGCACUAAGUGAAGAUGGCUAAAAAUCUGCUCUAUGAUUUUCUUCACAAGCGUCUGAAACAUCUGCGUGUUUGUCUCCGCCGACGUGCCCCAAGUAGAAACCACCCGUCGAACCGCCAUCGAUCCUGUGGAUGUAGUUACUCUACAGCAUUUCUGCGCAGCAUUUAGAGAAAGAGUGCAUUUUGCAGGGCAUGUGUACCUUUCUCUGAGCAAUCCCCAGCGCCUUUACUGAAAAGAAAUAAAAUAUAGAGAGAGAUCUGAAGAAGAAUCCAGGAAGUAACUUCAGCGUACUUCAGUAAAGAAAGUGGAUGGAGUAGAAAAUGAAGCAUUGCACACAGAGUUUCCAGAGAAACAGGAUGUUUUGGUGUUGGUCAUGAAGGACUUUUGUUUAAAAAAAAAAAAAACAAACAAAAAAAAAAAAAAAACAAGUUUCUCUGGAAACUCUUUUUACUGCAUCCAUGAUACUCUAGGUGACAAUUUAUUAGGAACACCUGUAUAUCAAUCUAUGCAGUUAUCCAAUCCAUCAGGAAGUCCAGUGGAAGAGGAGCAGUGAAGAUGGAGGUCAAGAACUUCAGAUAAUUUUCACGUCAAACAUCAGAAUGACGACUGAAGAUGUAGGGGGCGGGGUCUAAUGAGCUGCAGAGGCGAAUCUGGACUGUUGAAGAUCAAGAAAAAGAGCAAUGUUUUUCCAAUCUGUUCAGAUUAGUAUUAAAACUGAGAGGAAGUCCAUGUGGUCUUCUCCUGUUGUAGCCUGUUGUGUAGAUUCUGAGAUGUUAUUCUGUUUAUCACAGGUGUAAAGGUUUUUUUGAAACAUCUUAGCCUUCCUGUCAGCUCAAACCAGCCUCACAGUGUCUAAAAUAUUCAAACCAGGACACUUGGGAAGAUUAUUAAAGCUCUUGACGUGCCUCUGCAGGAUUCUGGGCGUUGUGUUACUGCCACAUGACUGGCUGAUUGGAUAAUUGUAUAAAUGAGCAGGUGUUCCUAUUAAAGUGGCCAGUGAGUGUAUAUAUAUAUAAAACAAAACAUCAAGAGGAGGUCUUUUCUGUGAAUUUGCCAAAGACAUUAGUUGAAUCUUUUUUUUUUUUUUUAAACAGGGAAGAGUGGGUUAGAUGUGUCGGCUCUGGUUCGAGAUCCCGAGCAGCCACGCGAUCAUACGAGGGGAGCUGCAUCAAAAUAGCGUUUUUUUAUUACAGUCUUUUUUUGCCGUACAAAACGAAUGUUGUGUAGAGUAGAAAAUAAUAUUAACCAGUUACAAAAUGCCUUUUUAUUCCUGGUGCUCAGUCUGAAAGCAAAUCUGUCACAAAAGCUACAGUGCCAAGUGAUGGCGGGGGGUUUGUGUGUGGGGGGGUAGGUGGGGUAGGGUGGGGUGGUUAUGCCGUGUUGGUGAAGUGUUAGUGUGUUUCAGGUCUUUAAUCGUCUCAACCCGAUCUCUCUCUUUGUCUCUCAGACGCUCCCUCUCUCUCUCUCUCUCUCUCUCUGUUUCUUACUCUCUCUCACUCUCUCUCUCUCAGAUGCUCUCUUUCUUUCUCUCUGUUUCUUUCUCUCUCCGUUUCACUUUGUCUCUAUCAUUCUCUUUCUCAAACGCUCUCUCUCUCACACUCUCUCUCUCAAACUCUCUCUCUAUCAGUUUCUCUCUCUGUCUCUCUCUCAGAUGCUCUCUGUUUCUUUCUCUCUCUUAGAUACUCUCUCUCUCUGACUCCCCCCCCCCAUUUCUGAAUGUGCCGCUUUUUCUCCGUGCUGAGCCGCUCCACAUAAAUCUCCUGUAACUGCACUAACCCACGCCCUGUACACACUCUCACUCGUGCAACGGCCCAGAACCAGCUGGUCACUGUGACACGCAGACUGCGGGCCUGAAGGACUAAAGUUGCACGAGAGAGCGAACGAAUGCCUCAAAAGUUCAAAAUGUAGAGGGAGGUUAUCAAUUCAAGUAGCACUUCUGCUCCAGUGGACGCUUUCAUUCUGAAAGAAGAGGAGAUUAUUCAGAAAAAAAAAAAAUAUGUGGGAUUAUAUGUGUGAAUUAUUUUGUGACUGUACAAAAAUGUUAAUAAGGAAAAAAAAAAAAAAAAAGAUUUGGGGGAAGAGCUGGUUUUGAACAUAGGCAAGAUCGAAAAAAAAAUGACUUUUUUUUUUUUUUUUUAAUGCUAGUUGGAACUUUUAUAUUUUACUUUAUUCCAUGUUAUUUUUUACAUUUUCUUUUCCAAAAAAAAACAAAAAAAAAAACC